AAUCAGCACGAGCCGCAAGACCUCGGCCCCCACCUUAACCUCGCCAUACUCAACAUCAUCUGGAAAAUCAUUGCGGGCAGGCAAUUCUCCCAAGACGACGCGAAGAUGCAGGGCAUGAUGAUCGGACUCGAGGAGGUCUUCUUUGAUUUCUGCAUCCUCGGGAACUUCCACUUGGCGCCCCUCUUGGUCUUCUUUUGGUCGCCUGCGCUCAGGGCAUACAGACGCAUCCAACGCAAUCUGGCUGUCAUAACGAAAGUGUUCUCGGUAUUUCCACAAGUAUUAUCGGAAACGGGAAGCGCCAAAUGCUCACGAUCAAUGCGAAUCCCAACAGAACGCGGAUUACAGACGAACAUCGCUGACAUGUUCAUCGCCGGGAGCGAGACGACGGCGAGCUCCAUCCGUUGGUGCGUCCUGUUUCUCCUCUGCCACCCCGAAAUUCAGGAGAAACUCCAGGCU